UAUUGAUUCCAGGAAAAAAUCUGUGGAGGUGCUAUGGGGGUCCUUUGUCUUUCUUGGGGGUGCUGAAGCACCUGCUAGCCCCUCCCUAGUGCCGCCCAUGCCCUCACUCCAUGGCAAAUUCUUAAAGUCCCCCUGUGGUGAAAAGCAUCAUCGUCAUUUCGUCCAUGUGGUGUUUUUAAUAUGCUUUUAGACAAACCAUGUGCCAAUCCAUUUAUUAACACCAUUGCUGAGUAUUUUCUCCUUAAAACUGUAGUUUCCCAAAGACAGUCACAGAAACGCGGUUUGAAACAGCCUUUUUUUUCUACGUCACAAAAUUCAAUAACCAAUCACGUCAAGAGAUCCUAUCCUUAGCAUAUCAUUAACUGUGCUGCAAAGCAGAGGGUCUACUAGUUAGAAGGCAGUCAUAUUUCACCUAUUUUCACGAUGUCGUGUGUUGUUAGCACUUAUUUAUUUCUAUUUAGAACCACUAACUUGAAUAAUAACCCGCGGCAGCAGUGUAAAAGUAGCCCGGAGUCAGAAGCACCUCUCCCGCAUUGACAACCGCACGUCACAGUGUUCUUUCAAUCUAAUAAUAAUGAAUAAUUAAUAUUAUGUGUAAUUUAUGGUUUAAACCAUACCUGUAAACACACAUUUCAGCCAGGAAAAUUUUGAUGGCAUUUUCUUUUCAUAUUACCUCCAUAUAAUGCCUGUAAUAACGUAGUGUUUACUUUAUGUAAAGGCUAUAAUUCUGCUGCUCCACAAGUGCCCCCUUCUGGCAAGGAGUGUAUUUGCAUGUUCACUUAUAUUCAUAUUUUAAGCAGAACAGUGCCAAAUGUUAACUGGCAUGUCAACAAGAAAAAAAAACAUUGAAAUUCGACAAAUAAUUGUCAGGAAGCUAAAAAAAAUAAAUACAAAUAAAUGAAAUAUAUCUAGGGUAGGGGGCCUACCUUAAUGCUGUAGCCCAGGGGCCUCUAGUUACCUUAAGGCACCCCUGUUAUCUCAAAAGAACACAUGCCAUGUUUGAGGCGUGAACUGCUGCGCACUCGCAUACUGGGCUGCAACGCAAGAUUUUCAAAAAUGAAGGCAAUAACGUGCCAUUUUGGUUUGCUUCUCACAAAACCUAUAGUUUACCUUCAAAAGAACCUUUGGAAUAUACUACAGCACAAGUUCAAAGAUGAGAAGGAAAAACUUCCAGAUGAUAGCAUUAAUUCUGACAGGUGUUGUGUUCCUGGUCAUUUUCAUGAACAAAAAUGAUUUUGAAAAUGAUGAGACACUGAAGAGGAAAGACAAUUUGCCCAGAUUCGAAGCUCUCCAGCCUUUGUCUUCGGGUUGUCAGCAGAAUAUGUCUGCUUAUGAUGUAAAUGGAUUUUCUACUCUGCCAAAUCAUAUUCAAGACUUCCUGCUUUACCAACACUGUAGGAGUUUUCCCAUGCUUCUUAAUGUGCCUAAUAAGUGCGGCGGACCCCAAAACUCUGCAGAUGUCUUCCUUCUGCUGGUCAUCAAGAGUUCUCCAGAGAAUUACGAUCGACGAGAAGUUCUGCGGAAAACAUGGGCUAAGGAAAGACUGCACAAAGGUGUGUGGAUCCGGAGAGUCUUCAUAAUCGGAACAAGUAGAACUGGCUUUGAGAAGCACAGGUUGAAUAAUCUACUGAAGCUUGAGAACAGUGAGGACAAGGACAUUUUACAGUGGGAAUUCAAUGAUACUUUCUUUAACCUCACUCUGAAACAGAUCCUUUUCUUAGAGUGGAUGGAAAGAUGGUGCCCACACACCAAAUUUCUUUUAAAUGGAGACGAUGACAUCUUUGCUAAUACAUUUAACAUGGUUGAGUAUCUUCAAGGUCAGAAGGGCAACGAUGGAAGUAAACAUCUCUUUACAGGGCACCUCAUCCAGAACGUAGGUCCUAUCAGAAAUCCUUCAAGUAAAUACUUUGUCCCGGUGCAGGUUCAGGAGUCUGAAAGUUAUCCUCCGUACUGUGGCGGAGGAGGCUUUCUUCUCUCCGGCUUCACGGCCAAAACAAUCUACAACAUGUCUCGUUCUAUAGAUCUGCUGCCCAUUGAUGAUGUUUACAUGGGAAUGUGUUUGCAAAAGGCUGACCUCAAACCUACAUCCCACAUUGGUGUAAGGACCGCUGGUCUGCAUAUCCCUGCUGCAAACGAAGACAAAUUUCACCCUUGCUAUUACAGAGAAAUCAUUUUAGUCCACAGAUUUCCGCCGCACAUGAUUUUUGUGAUGUGGAAUGAAAUACAAAACUCACGUUUGCAAUGUGGAAGGACAAAAUCCUUAUAAAGUCUUAUAAAUUAACAGGGUGUGUGAUUACUUUAAAAGGGAAACAUAAUAGCUUGCUGGAAUUAAUGUGAUUAAGUUUGCUUUACAAGAAUCCUUUUUUUAAACAUGGUGAAAAGUUCUAAAACAUGGCAAAAUGAUUGUCUUUUUAAAAUGAUGUGGUCUAUUGCACUUUACAUACAAGUACCUUUGAAAAGGGUACCACUUCACUAGGGCCUUUCGCACCGCAGGAACCUUUUCAUAGUACCAGAACUAAUUGUGGAACUACCCACUUUUGGGCAUUUUCGCACUGCAGGAACUGGAUACGAUUUUAGUACUGGACUGCCUUUUUCGAGAACCAAAUUAGCUCCUACUCCGGAGCAGGGUCUAACCAGCACAACUGAUACUGCCCGUGACGUAAGUAGACAUUGACUGGCCUGACGAGUUCGAAAACGCCCUCACCCGG